GUCGCAGAUAACAAAAAAGUACAAAAUGAGUCCGUACAACCAAAACCAAAUCAAAAAGAUAAAGAUCAUGUUGCAGGUAUGUUAGAUAAUAGAGGAGAGAAGGGAUUGGAAAAGAAAAAGUCCAGAUCAGACAAGGAUACAGAAAUUGAAGUAGAGAAGAAAAUGGAAUUGUUUGAACAUGUGAAAGAUGAAAAAAAACAGAUAGAGCUGACUAGUCUACCAAAACGUAAACUGACGCUCACAGAAUAUCUAUAUCAGUUUCUUAAAGGUCAGCGGAAUAGCGAAAACGAUCCUGGUCGCAGGAAUAUCACAACUUCGGCUGCUCAAUGCCAGGACACAGAUGCGGACAAUUAUCGUUUAAGUAAGCGUAUAAUGAAGAAAUACAAGGUUAAUCCUAAAAAAUCAACCAAAAACGAGACUUUCAUUUCGCCGGAUGUGAAGAAGCGUGGCAUGGGCUCCGACGUACUCCAUAGGCAACGUAAAAGUUCUGAAACCAAUCCAACAAAGUUUCCUCUCGAUAUUCAAGGGAACCCUCGUCACACCGAACAGAAGACGACACCAAAGGCCAACAUGAGUAUUAUUUCCGAUACCGAUUGGAACGUGACCCCAAACCCGAGCCCAGACGACGUCUUAAUGGGUUCUAAAAAGGCAGAAAUAGAUAAAAACUUAGAUGAUCACAGUGUUGAUACGGCAAACAUGCCUGGUGGCUCUCCGCUCAAAUUCGAGGAAAAAAGUCUAAUUGAUAAACACGAUACAAGGAAGGAAACUAACAACAUUGAAAUUAAAGGUGGAUCCAGAUACUGCUUAAUGAAAUUGAAAGCCAUUAAGGGCAUUGGAAUAGACAACGAAAGUGGCAAGCGAAGAUUUAGUGCCUUGGGUCGACAGCUGAGCCAGAACAUAGUUUUUGCUUUUUUCAGAACUGACAAAAAUGCUAAGGACCGGUCUUAAGGAAUACCUUGCGACAACCAAUGAAAAAAGCCAUUAAACAAGCGAAAAAAACACAAAGACGAAGUCAAGCCUCUAAGCAAUUUAUGAUAUUUAAAUUUU